AUGGAUAAAGUGACGGCCAAUCUUCCAUCGCAUAAUGUCUCCAUAGCCGAAUGGAGAAUCCCAAAGGAUCUCUUUCUCGCGGAUCCAACAUUCCACAAGAGCCAGCCGAUCGAUAUGGUGCUCGGAGCUAAGCAUUUUUACUCCUUCUUCCCGAAUGCCGCACGCAUACAAUUGCAUGGCAAUCUCCCACUCCUAGUUGACAGCGUUUUUGGGUGGAUCGUUGCGGGUUCGGCUGAUUCAAUUCUUCCAACACAGAGAGUAUCUUCCAGUCCCAGCAGUAUCGUAACUGUAUCGAUGGUUUCCUUGGAAGAAAGUCUGGAGCGUUUUUGGAAAAUGGAAGAACUGACAACCAAGGACAACUACUCCAUCGAAGAGAGGCGUUGUGAAACCCUCUACCAAGCGACGGUCGCCAGAAACCCCGAUGGACGAUACAUGGUUCGCCUUCCUCGAAAACCUGACUUUGACGAUAUGCUGGGCGAGUCUAAGGCAAGCGCAUUGCGACGAUUCGAAUAUUUGGAGCGACGCUUGGAACGAAACUCCGACCUAAAACUAGAGUACCACCGUUUCAUGCAAGAAUACCUCGACCUUGGCCAUAUGCAGCUGACCAAAACAACUGGCGCCGAAAGCUCCAAAUCUUUUUACUUACCGCACCAUCCUGUCAUCAAAGAAGCGAGUUCCACGACGAAAGUUCGUGUUGUGUUCGAUGGUUCGGCAAAAACAUCUACCGGUUUCUCCCUCAACGAUGCCCUCUGUGUUGGUCCAGUAGUUCAAGACGAGCUACUUACCACAAUGCUACGGUUUCGCACGUACCCAAUUGCUUUAGUCGGUGACAUAGCGAAAAUGUAUCGACAAGUCCUCAUGCACCCAGAUGAUGUUCCACUGCAGCGAAUUUUCUGGCGAUUUUCCCCCGACCAACCAGUGCAAGCCUUCGACUUACUUACCGUUACUUACGGGUUAGCUCCGUCAUCAUUUUUGGCAACUCGUACACUGCUACAGCUAGCUGACGAUGAAGGUCAGUCCUAUCCCCUCGGCAGCAGGGCUCUCCGGAAAGGCUUUUACGUCGACGAUUUCAUCAGUGGGGAGCAAUCGAUCGAAAAAGCCAUCCGCCUACGCAAAGAAAUCAGCGAAUUACUUGGGAAGGGAGGAUUUGUUCUUCGCAAGUGGACUUCCAAUCGACUCGAAGUCCUACACGGAUUAAACGCCGACCAAAUCGGCACUCAAUCCCCUCUGGAGUUCACCCCCCACGAAACGGUGAAAGCUCUGGGAAUAAUUUGGGAACCAGAAGGAGAUUUUCUUCGAUUCGAUUCGCAAGUGCAACAUGACGGCAAACCGCCCACCAAACGAUCAAUUUUAUCGUCUAUUGCCAAGCUAUUUGACCCCAUCGGCCUGAUUGCGCCCGUUGUUGUGCGGGCCAAAAUCAUUAUGCAGCAGUUGUGGCUACUACCAAUUGAGUGGGAUGAUCCAGUUCCCAAAAAUAUUCGUGUCAACUGGGAAAAGUAUCACAACGAAUUGCCGAAAAUUACCGCGCACAGAGUAAGUCGCUACGCAUUUCUACCCUGUUCCACCAUGCAAUUGCAUACCUUCGCCGACGCGUCCGAACUAGCCUACGGCGCGUGCACCUACGCCCGUUGCCAAGACGAACAAGGAAACAUAAAAAUCGAACUUCUUGCCGCCAAGUCCCGUGUUGCUCCGCUAAAACGACUGACUAUCGCACGUCUGGAACUCUGCGCUGCAGUUUUGGCCGCUCAUCUCCACGAUCGAGUCAAACGAGCUCUCGAUAUUGACGUUUCUGCUUCCAUUUUCUGGUCGGAUUCUGCUAUCGUUCUCCAAUGGCUCCAAUCAUCUCCAAACACAUGGCAAACCUUUGUGGGAAAUAGAGUUUCGGAAGUGCAGCACUUCACUCGUGGCUGUCAGUGGAAGCACGUUGCUGGUAUCGAGAAUCCCGCCGAUUUGGUGUCCCGGGGUAUGUCGGUCGACGAGUUCCUGGCUAGCACGUUAUGGAAGGAAGGACCGCAUUGGCUUCUUCUGCCGGAUCGAGAAUGGACCAGCUCUAACCCGCCAAGUGUGGCCGAGGAAAUGCUAGAAGUUCGACACAUCGUAGCUACCGUACAGUCAGUUCCAUCAGUCAAUGCAUUGUUUCUCCGUUGGUCGUCAUACACCCGCCUACUACACGUUACAGGCUACUGCCUUCGCUUUCUGUUGAACGCCCACGCCAAGGCCAGAACUCAGCCUCCCCCCAACGCAGAACCUGUUGCGAAAUCACUGUCUGUGGAAAUACUUACCAAAGCCAAACUUACCCUGAUUCGCCUUGCUCAACAAGAUGCAUUUAGUCCUGAAAUAAAAGAGUUGGAAAGGGGGAAACCUAUAUCAAAACGCUCACAUGUACGCCAAAUGAGUCCGUUUCUAGACCAGGAGAAAGUGAUGAGGGUCGGAGGCCGUCUUAAACUAGCACAGUUACCCUACCAAAUGAAACAUCCUGCCCUACUACCCAGCUUUCAUCCCCUAUCACGUUUAAUUGCCAUGAACUAUCAUGAAAAAAUGCUUCACGCCGGUGGGCGACUGCUAUUAUCAGCCAUGCGCGAAGAGUUUUGGCCACUGCACGGUCGUCGCCUAGCACGUAGCACUGUGCGUAAAUGUUUCCGCUGCGCUCGCCUUAAUCCAGUGCCUGCUCAUCAACACAUCGGGCAGCUACCCGUUCACCGAAUUAUUCCCAGCCGUCCAUUCAGUAUCGUUGGAGUCGAUUACGCUGGCCCGCUGUACCUUAAGCCGAUCCACAAACGCGCAGCAUCUGCAAAGGCGUACAUCUGUUUGUUCGUCUGUUUCGCCACCAAAGCGGUCCACAUUGAGCUCGUCAGCGAUCUGUCCACUCAGGCUUUCCUAUGUGCGCUUCGUCGUUUUAUCGCCAGACGUGGUCGCCCAGCACACAUCCACUCAGACAAUGGCAAAAACUUUGAAGGAGCUAAAAAUGAAUUACCGGAAUUAUUUGCCAUGCUUCAAAACUCGGAAGUAAACGAACAGAUCGCAUCUACCUGUGCUGACGAAGGAAUCACUUGGCACUUAGUUCCGCCAAAAGCGCCCCAUUUCGGCGGGCUAUGGGAAGCUGCCGUUAAAGUAGCUAAAAAGCAUCUCCACCGCCAGCUCGGUCCGUCUCGACUGUCAUUUGAGGAUGUCAGCACUGUGCUCACUCAGAUCGAAGCACUGAUGAACUCCCGGCCGCUGCUUCCUAUGUCGGACGAUCCCGAUGAAUUAGCUGCACUAACACCUGCGCAUUUUCUGAUCGGAACCAGUAUGCUAGCCUUGCCCGACCCAGACCAUCGGAACAUCCCUGUCAACCGACUGGAUCACUACCAGAAGCUGCAACUGCACGUCCAAAAAUUUUGGUGUCAUUGGCGCACCGAAUACCUCCAGGAGCUUCAGAAAGACACCGUGAUGUACCAACGAAACGAUAGUUUGCUUCCCGGUCGAAUGGUUAUUGUCGUCGAUGAAAUGCAGCAGCCAAUACGUUGGCCGCUCGCCCGAAUCCUGACCACUUCACCCGGCCCGGAUGGAAUGACACGUGUUGUAACGCUGCGUACUGCUCGGGGAAUUAUCACCCGCCCAAUCACCAAAAUUUGCCUGCUGUCUGAUCCUGCUACUACUGCCAACGACGAAGAAGAUGAUCCGCUGGCCACCAACCAACAUCCGGCCCAACGAUCCGAGGUUCCUGAAAAUGAAAAUUGA